CGAACCCCACCCCUCCUUUCCUGUCCUCUCCUCUCCUCCUCCUCUUGUUUCUUCUCCUCUCCUCUCCUCUCCUCACCCUCUAAUUGGUGGUCUAACGAGCUUGCCGAACUUGGCCCAGAGAGGCCACUGUAGUCAGGGACUACCGGGAAAGCUAGCGGCUGGUUGGAGGAACCCGAGGGCAAUCUUAAAUACGAUUGGAUCAAGAGUUCAGAGGCGGGACAAACCGACUUUGGGACAGGGAUUGGACAAAGGCUGGGCACAUUGUUAUAGGGGGCGGGGAUUGGGCGGAGAGUUGUCCUUGUGUUAAGAUUGGGGCACGCUCUUGGGGGCGGAGCCUGAGGGGGCGGUGCCGUGUCGGAAGUCAAAGGUCGGUAAAUAGUGGUGAUGUCAUGCUAGCAAGAUGGCGGAAGGGGAGGACGUGGGGUGGUGGCGGAGCUGGCUGCAGCAGAGCUACCAGGCAGUCAAAGAGAAGUCCACUGAAGCUUUGGAGUUCAUGAAGCGGGACCUUACAGAAUUUACCCAGGUGGUCCAGCAUGACACUGCCUGCACCAUAGCAGCCACAGCCAGUGUGGUCAAGGAGAAGCUGGCCACUGAAGGCUCCUCAGGAGCAACAGAAAAAGUGAAGAAGGGGUUGUCCGACUUCUUAGGGGUGAUCUCAGAUACCUUUGCCCCCUCUCCAGACAAAACUAUCGACUGUGAUGUCAUCACCUUGAUGGGUACACCCUCUGGCACAGCUGAGCCAUAUGACGGCACCAAGGCUCGCCUCUACAGUCUACAGUCAGACCCAGCAACAUACUGCAAUGAACCCGAUGGGCCCCCGGAAUUGUUUGAUGCCUGGCUUUCCCAGUUCUGCUUGGAGGAGAAGAAAGGGGAGAUCUCAGAGCUCCUUGUAGGCAGCCCCUCCAUCCGAGCCCUCUACACCAAGAUGGUUCCAGCAGCUGUUUCCCACUCAGAAUUCUGGCAUCGGUAUUUCUAUAAAGUCCACCAACUUGAACAGGAGCAGGCCCGGAGGGAUGCCCUGAAGCAGCGGGCAGAGCAGAGCAUCUCUGAAGAGCCUGGCUGGGAGGAAGAAGAAGAGGAGCUUGAAGGCAUUGCAUCAUCUCCAAAAGAGGCAAAGAUUCCAAAAGAGACCAAAACUUCUGCAUCCCCUGAAGAUGAGCCUGCCCCCCAGAGCCCUUGUGAGGUGAUUCCAGUGGAGCCCCCUGCAGAGGCCACCCCAUCAGAGAGCAGUGAGAGCAUCUCCCUCGUGACACAGAUCGCCAACCCUGCAGCUGUGCCAGCGGCCCCAGAGCUACCUAAAGACCUGUCCCAAAAGCUGCUUGAGGCAUCGUUGGAAGAACAGAGUCUGGCUGAGGAUGAGGGUGAAACUGGACCGCCACCCCCACUUCCCUCCAAGCCUCUAACCCCUGCAGGCCGAGCCAGUGGCCCAGAACCCAGGCCUCCAGCCAGAGUAGAGACCCUGAGAGAGGAGGUGCCCACAGACUUAAGAGUGUUCGAGCUAAACUCAGAUAGUGGGAAAUCUACACCCUCCAACAAUGGCAAGAAAGGCUCAAGCACGGACAUCAGCGAGGACUGGGAGAAGGACUUUGACUUGGACAUGACUGAAGAAGAAGUGCAGAUGGCACUUUCCAAGGUGGAUGCUUCUGGUGAGCUGGAAGAUGUAGAGUGGGAGGACUGGGAAUGAGGGGAGCCAGAGCAAGCAGCUCCCCCACCACGGCACAUCCCACCUCCCUCGCUCGCUAGUCUCACCGGCCUCGGAAGACACUGAGAAUGUCCCCCCAAAUGGCCUCUGCCAUCCAGAACUUGGUACAUAAUUCUGGUGGCUCCCUGCUGGCCCUCUGCUCACGCCUUGGAAGAGCCUUUUCAAAUACAGAUCCAGAAGUCUGA